GUCGAAUGGUUGUCCAACUGCCUUCAACGCCAAUAAACUCUUGAAUCUCAACAUGCUCGCUCGCGUUGUCCUGUCCACGUGCCGCCGCGCUUCUGCUCCAGCUCAGCGCAACUUCAUGCGCUCCAGUGUUCUGUUGAACGAAAACAAGCCGGAAGAAGAAGCUACUGCUGCUGCCACGGAAGAGCCUGCCGUCGCAGAGGAUGGUUCCAGUGACCCUGUUGCCGCAUUGCAAGCUGAAGUCGAAGCGUUGAAGGCGAAAAAUACCGACUUGACCGACAAGGUGUUGCGUGCAUUGGCGGAUGCCGAAAACGUGCGUCGGAUUUCGCGCGCCGACGUCAACAACGCGCGCGAGUUCUCCAUUUCUAAGUUUGCCAAGAGUUUGUUGGAUGUUUCGGACAAUUUGAAGCGUGCCCAUGAGAGCAUUUCGAUCGAAGAAUUGUCGCCCGAACACAGCUUGGACGCGAUCAAGAACCUCCAUGAAGGCGUCGUCAUGACAGACAAGGAACUACAGAAGGUGUUUCACUCGUUUGGCAUCACUUCUGUUGGUGAAGCCGGCGAGAAGUUUGACCCCAACUUCCAUGAAGCGUUGUUCGAGUAUGUGGACCCGACCAAGACGGCAGGCACGGUCGGCCAAGUGCUGAAGACAGGCUACACGAUUCACAACCGUGUGUUGCGACCUGCGCAAGUCGGCGUCGUCAAGGCUAGCCCAUAGAAACCUCCAUUACAACUCCAUCUGUGCUCAAUAGACCUCUUGAAUCUUGACCUGAAUGCUACCAAAUCCACGCAUCGACCCAUCGACUACAAGACAACGAUGCACAGGAAAUGGCCAACAUCUCGAGAUGAAAGGUGCAUCCAUGUCCUCGUUAGGGCGGGUCCUGCCAAUGUGGAGUGUUGGAAUCACUUUGUGUGGGUUACAAGCACACGAGCUGGAGGAUGUGUAAAGGACGACAGGUUUGAGCAGCGACACCAUUUUGAUAGCAACUGGG